CCCAAAGUGCUCGGAUGCCCCGGAAGAAAGCAGAUUGCUUUAAACCGGUGUUGGAAACGUUGGAAAGAAUCUUACUAGCGGUUGCAAUUGAUGUGAAUUAAAAGAUACACAACUCUCGGAAUUUAAGAACGGUGACGCACUUAUUCUAAUAACAAGCGUUUUACUACUGCAACCUAACGCAUAAUACACUGUGUGCGGACUGGCUGAGAAGGCAGAUCUACAGACGUUAUCACAGGCCCUGGACACAUUUAUCUGAUAGAUUUGAAUGGACAAGGAGAAGAGAAAUACAUAGACCCAGCCCAGCUAGCUAAUUCCUGUGGAGUGAUGCCUGUGAAGAAGAAAAGGAAGUCCUCAGGGUCAGAUGACUCUGGAGUUAGGAAGUGUAAAAUCACCAGUUUCUGUAGACCCCAGGCUCCAAGCCGAUUGAUCAGCCCAGAGGACCAGUUCUCCAAUAAGAAAUGUCUAGCCUGGUUUUACGAGUAUGCUGGUCCAGACGAGGUGUUGGGUCCGGAGGGAAUGGAGAAGUUCUGUGAAGACAUAGGAGUGGAACCAGAAAAUAUAAUCAUGUUAGUUUUAGCCUGGAAACUAGAAGCCCCAAAUAUGGGUUUUUUCACUAAGGAGGAGUGGCUCAAGGGAAUGACUUUACUACAGUGUGACUGUACUGAGAGGUUACAGGGGAAACUGGACUACCUGCGUAAUCAACUCAAUGACACGGUCAUCUUUAAAAACAUCUACAGAUAUGCCUUUGACUUUGCCAGGGAUAAAGACCAGAGGAGUUUGGACAUGGACACAGCUAAGUCCAUGUUGGCAUUGCUGCUGGGCAGAACAUGGCUGCUCUUCCCUGUCUUCCACCAGUUUCUAGAGCAGUCCAAGUACAAGGUGAUGAAUAAGGACCAGUGGUAUAAUGUCUUAGAGUUCAGUCGUACAGUCAGCACAGAUCUCAGUAACUAUGAUGAGGAUGGAGCCUGUAAGUACUCUCCCACACAUCUCUCUGAGCUCUUCAGCUUAUCGUACUGCUUCUGGCACGUGCUGCAGUGCACAGCCCAUUCACAGGCCAGCAGCCAAUACUCUACCUCCAAAACCUAGCACCCCAGCCCUGUUGGCACCGCCCUUAGGUGACUUGGGUUAAUGGGCUACUUUUACUUUUUAAACCAAUGUCAACCCGAUUUUUCUCUGUGAGCUCAUUGUACCAUUGUCCUUGGAAGAGGUCCUAUCAAGUCCAAAACUUGUAGGGAAUUUCCAACUUGUUAGGCUUGUAUUCUACCAUGUUGAAUGGAGAGAAAAAACUACAAUGAACACAAGCCAUUGGACGCCUAACGGCUGUCGUUCAUUUGCCAGUCUAUGGUAGAGACUGUUGUUGCUUUGUAAGCCGCAUUGCGUUCCCUUUACUGUCAAUAACUGGUUGUGCCAAUGUUUUCUGCAACCAAACGCUUCCUGUAGUUGUAUGUUUGUGUUUUGGUCUGAUGCUUUUGGUAGAUCUGUUGUUUUGUGGAUCGUAGUCUUGCUGCAUGACACAGUUUCAGCACACGAAGAGAUGGACUGACGUUCCAAUUCCCUGACAUUUCGGGCAUAAUUCAUGUUUCCUUUACAACAGGGUUUUAUUCCAUGUUUAAUUUUAAUAUGCUACAGCCUUCAACCCAUAAUGCAAAAUGUAUUUAAAAAAACAUCACUAUUUAUAACAAAUCAAAUGGCUUUAAUUGCUCAUCACUAACACACAAAGAAAUACAAAUGCUGCCCUUGUCACAGUUGUUUUUCUCUGCAGGGCCAGUGAUGCUGGAUGAGUUUGUGGAGUGGCAGAAAGCUCGACUGGUGGCGUUAUAGUGGAGGACACACUCACCAAUAAGAGGAAGAGAGAAGCACACAAAUAUGUUCUUCCUCCAGUUAAGACCUACAGAAACGGCACACACCUCUUCCAUGGACUGUGCGCAUACACACGCAGCACACACCCUUCCAUGAACUGUGCAUACACACACAAACACAGCACACACACCUUCCAGGGAUGGCCUCUGCUACUGCUGGAGUCCUGUGUUUCUCUGAAGAGACUUUUACAGUGUUCAUUUAAAGUUCAACAAGAAGAAGGAAAAAACCCACAAAAAGCUAAAGGGGGAACUAUUUUUCAUAUGCAUUGCAUCUGUGGCCACAGUUCUCUAGCCAGGGUUCUUUAGAUCUACUAGGGAAUUUUUCUGUUUCCUUGAAUAUUUGUUCCCUUUAUUUUUGAGUCUUACCUUGUUUAUAGUAUGUUUUCAGAACAAGAAAAUAAAGAAUGGAAUUGUACCAA